AUGAUUAUCGACGCAAAUAAUCCAGCAGAUGUUAUAGAAUCGUUCCCCGUGACGGAUAAGCACAUUCUGUGUGUUGCGUCGGUGCCAGGUGCUGUGGCCGAAGAUUAUAGAGAAUACCAGGAACGAGUGGCAGGAGUCACUGAGAACAAACGUCCCCCGUCGUUGUUUUGUGCUGGAAGGAUCGACUCUGUAGAGAUUACCCAGAAGAACAAUUCUAAUGAAGAAAAUGGCGAUAAAGAUGCGGUUAUUGUUGGCAGUACCCGACUGGUGAAAGCAACAAUCCUGACUCCACCGAGCACUCCAGUGAAUGAGCCCGAGCCUGCGUCUGAACCACAGACGGAGGAAACCGUGGUCAAGAACGUUGAGGGACCUGAUCCCGCUGCUCAUGAUAGCCCACCGCUCAGUUCUACCCCUGUUAACGGAGGACAUCUCGGGUCGCCGGAACCAGGAGUAGAGGCUUUCGCUCAACAGCAAUCCAAAACUGAGGAAAAACCGGAGGAGGUGUCUCCAGAUCGUAAGAUGUCCACCGUGAUGGCGACAAUGUGGCUAGGCACUAAGAGUGGGAACCUGUACAUACAUUCUGCAGUUGGAAAUUAUAAAAAAUGUCUCGCUAGAGUGAAGCUAAAUGAUGCCAUACUGUCUAUAGUGGCGUGUGCGUCGCGUUGUAUCGUUGCGCUGGCGGACGGAACUGUAGCGAUAUUCUCACGGCAUGCCGACGGGCAAUGGGACUUCUCUCAGUACUGGAUUCUUAUGCUCGGAGAUCCUAAAUGUUCAGUACGCUGUUUAUCCGCGGUCGGUUGUACAGUGUGGUGCGGAUACCGCAACAAAGUGCAUGUAAUAGAACCGCGGUCGCGACUCCUACUGCAUUCGUUAGAAGCUCACCCGCGGCAAGAGAGCCAAGUGAGACAGAUGGCUUGUGACGGUGACGGCGUUUGGGUGUCAAUCAAAAUGGAUUCCACUCUUCGUCUGUACCACGCUCAUACUUACCAACAUCUAAAAGACGUAGAUAUCGAGCCCUACGUUAGCAAGAUGUUGGGUACGGGCAAGCUGGGCUUCUCGUUAGUCAGGAUCACCGCGUUGCUGAUUAGUUCUGGACGACUGUGGAUCGGAACGAGCAACGGUGUUGUCAUCUCUGUGCCAUUAUCGGAGGGCUCAAGCCGGGAUUCUACUGGAGCUCAGGCGACUUCUUCCAGAGCUGUUGUUGUUCAAACGGGCUCAUCAGCGAGCUGUCCCACCGGCAACAUUCCGUGGUGUUCAAUGGCACACGCUCAACUUUCGUUCCACGGGCAUCGCGACGCGGUGACCUUCUUCGUUGCCGUACCAGGAGUGAUGGGGUCGCCAGUACGAACUCCAGAAUCUCCUCGCCGACUUUCGCCAACGAUGCCCCCCCAUGCUUGUGAUAUCGGGUGGCGAAGGAUACAUCGAUUUCAGAAUAGCCGACUCUGA